CCGUGGCAGCUGCACGGCUCCUGGCCCUGGAGCAUGCGCGAGAGCCGCCCCGGAGACCCCAGCCGCCCCGCUUGCGGCGCCCCGCGCCCCGCCGCCAGCGCACCCCCGGACGCUAUGGCCCACCCCUCCGGCCGGCCCCGCGUGUAGGAUGGUAGCACACAACCAGGUGGCAGCCGACAAUGCAAUCUCCACGGCAGCAGAGACCCGACGGCGGCCAGAGCCUUCCUCCUCCUCCUCUUCUUCCUCCUCCUCGCCCGCGGCCCCUGCGCGCCCGCGGCCCUGCCCGGCUGCUCCGGCUCCGACCCCGGGCGAGACGCACUUCCGCACGUUCCGCUCGCACGCCGACUACCGGCGCAUCACCCGGGCCAGCGCUCUCCUGGACGCCUGCGGCUUCUACUGGGGACCCCUGAGCGUGCACGGGGCGCACGAGCGGCUGCGCGCCGAGCCCGUGGGCACCUUUCUGGUGCGCGACAGCCGCCAGAGGAACUGCUUCUUUGCCCUCAGCGUGAAGAUGGCCUCGGGCCCCACGAGCAUCCGCGUGCACUUCCAGGCCGGCCGCUUCCACCUGGACGGCAGCCGCGAGAGCUUCGACUGCCUCUUCGAGCUGCUGGAGCACUACGUGGCGGCGCCGCCCCGCAUGCUGGGGGCCCCGCUGCGCCAGCGCCGUGUGCGGCCGCUUCAGGAGCUGUGCCGCCAGCGCAUUGUGGCCACCGUGGGCCGCGAGAACCUGGCGCGCAUCCCCCUCAACCCCGUCCUCCGGGACUACUUGAGCUCCUUCCCCUUCCAGAUCUGACCGGCCGCGCACGCAGCAUUAACUGGGUCGUCUUAUUAUUUUCUAUUAUUAUUAUCUCCCUGGAACCACGUGGGUGCCCUCCCCGCCUGGGUUGGAGGGAGAGGGUGUAGGGGGCGAGGCGCCUUCUACCCUGGGUUGGAGACAAGGCCGCAGACCCCUCCCCACCUCUUGUGGGGGUGCCCCCUCCCGGUGCUCCCUCUGGGUCCCCCUGGUUGUCGUAGCAGCUUAACUUAAUUGUAUCUGGGGCCAGGACCUGAACUCAUACCUCCUACCUCUUCAUGUUUACAUAUACCCAGUAUCUUUGCACAAACCAGGGGUUGGGGGAGGGUC